AUGGUCUUCUUUUUUGAUAGCGUUCCCGAUGAUAUUCGUGCUAAGCUUGUCAAGCACAUCACUUAUCUUGGAGCCCGCGAAGAGAAAUUCUUCUCAAUCGAUGUCACCCACGUCGUUACCACUCGAUCCUUGCCCCAGCCUAAUCCCUCGACCGAACUUGAUGCCUCACGGGCCACUCGCUCCAAACGCGGCGACGAUGCGGAAGAGCAGCCUCAGACCAUCAAUCCUUCUCUUCUUGACUGUUCCUCUGAGUCUCGCCGUCGGAUGCUGUUCGAGCUAGGUAACCGUCGAGCUCAGCCACAAGACGAUCUUGCCCGGUUGAAGCCAGCGCGGAACAACGACGUGCUUUGCAAGGCUAGAGACCUGGGCAAACGGAUCUAUACCCUUGAGAAGCUGCAGCGUAUUCUGGAUAGCCUUUUGGAGGGCGAUCCGUACGCGUCAAGGUCUGCUCACCCCCGUGAACAAUCCCGCGGCGAUGACCUGGCAAAGCUUCUUCGACGCGAACGCCUCAAUGGCCCCUCAGACCGCGACCCAAAAGCCGUUACGAAAGAGCUCAACUACUUCCGUGGGCCAUACAUAUAUGUCUAUGAUAUGGAUGAGAAGACUAAGCCUAUCAUGGUCAGAGAGUAUCCCAAAGUAGCGGACAAAACCGACGGCGAAUGGCCCCAGUUCAAGACGGUGAGCCAGGGUCGCUGCCCUUUUGUUGACGAGAGCCUAGCCGAGGCCAAACUCGUGAGGCGUGCCAUGGAAAGGAAAGCAGCAAAGGAAGCCGCCGCUAAAGCCGCUGCCGUUGCCGAGCGAGACGUGACCCAGAAGCCUACGGAGCCUCUUGCUCUCCGCGUGCCUGGCAAGCGGACCCGCGAGGAGUAUGGCGAUCCACUUGCGGAAACAAAGGACGGCCAGAACCGGAUGGUCUACAGCGUGAGGCCCACGGAUAUCUUCAACCCUCCCAAGGACCUCUCCAGUGUGAAGCAUAUCGACUUUACCUCGCAGAAAUUCUUUACCGGGCGUGCGGGUACUGGACGUAUCUUUGCGGGCGAGCCCGUUGCUUCUGGCGUGCAACCCUCCAAUGUCACAUCUGCUAUCCGCUCGCAGGCCAUCUCGUCGAACGCAGGAAUGCCCGGCGCCAAGGCCGGAACGAGCAAGGAGCUGCAUAAUCUUCAGAAAAAGGUUUUACAGAAGGCCGCUCCCGCUGCCCGAGCCAACGAUGCGGAUUCUCACCGUGUCGGUGCAUCUCUUAGCAUGGAUGCACCCUCAAGCCAGCAAAAAGACAUGAAGCCAGGCUACUGCGAGAACUGCAUGGAUAAGUUUGAUGAUUUCGACGAGCACAUCGUCUCUCGCAAGCACCGCAAGUUCGCGGAUAGCCUCGACAACUGGGCUGAACUUGACGAGCUCCUGAAGGCUCUGAAGCGCCCCGUCAAGUACUCGCAUCUCGACGACGGCGAAAUAAAUGUCCAUCCCUGGUAA